AUGUAUGUGGAAAUAGAUAGCACAAGCCUCAUGUCCAAACCCCAAACUGAGGUGUUUGAAAAUGUUCGGUUUUUCGUCUUCAACAAAAACGUAAACAAAUACAUUACUAUUCAAGAAUCAAAGCGGUUCAAUACACUUAAAACGGUGUGGGGUUUGCCGCAAGUGCUACCGCUUGAUACAUUCAAUAAUGGAUAUGUCUUUGAAGGAGAUCAAUGCGAGUUUGGUGUUGAUAUCAUUGUUUCUCCAACCCCUGCCAAUGGGGAUAUCCUAUCUUUUAAUGAAAAAUUCCCUUGUCCUAAGUCUUUAAGUUUGUAUCCCAAUGGCGAAAGUGCAAAAACAGAUGGCGAAAGUGCAAAAACAGAUGGCGAAAGUGCAAAAGUAGAUGACGAAAGGGUAUCCAUUUAUCUGAUUUUGGCUGACAAUGAAACACUAAGAGAAGAUGAGAAGGUUUUUGCACAAGCUCAACUACGACUUCUAGACCCAUUUGGGCACGAUCACGUCACAGUGGAACGUAAUUAA